AUGCCUGUCCCCAACGCGGAUCUCUAUGACAAGCAACAAGACCAACUCAACGGCACACCUUCUGCGGACCCCGCUGUGUGCACUUCCAGCGAGCAGAGCAAUACUAGCAGCUACAUUGGGUCCAGUCCGCCUGCUGGUGCAUCGCAGAAUGCUGAUGGCGGUCGUACCCUGAGCAAGGAGGAGGCUGAUCGUCUGUACGAGGAGCGCAUGGAGGAGGAGUAUGCUAAGAGAGAGGGUGGUGCUUAG